GCUUAUCAUGUAGCAAGCAUAGGGACUUGGGCUUUCUACUGAAGAUCAAAAAGAGCCCAACCUCUUCUAGAAGACAGGAACAAAGCCCAGUUACUGUUUGUACCAAAGAUGAAGGUAGAUGACAGAAUGUCAAAGAGAAUGAUACUGCUGUUCAUCAGACUAUUUCUUACUUUUAUUCCAUCUGUGUUAGCUCAGAAACCUGGAGUCUUCCACAUCAGGCCAGAAAAAGGAGGUGAUUACUGUUUUCUUUUCCCUUCACAAUGGAUAAAAUCAUAUCAGGAAGACAACAAGAAACGCUGGUUUGACCUUGAGUCAUUUACUCAGAACUUCACCUAUUCAGCCAUGUGUUGCUUGCCUUCAUUCUUUGGGGAAGAUGACAAUGAUGGAGGUGGAUUUAGUACAAGAAUUGCAUCUAUCAGACAGGGAAAUUGCAAUCUCUUUCAGAAUGCAAGACUCCAUCAGAUUAAUAGUACAGAGGGGCUUCUGAUUCUUGGUGGAGACGCUCCAUAUCCAAUGAAAAGUUUGAGAUCUGGAUACAACUGGGGCCACUGUGAAGAGAUUACUCUCCCGGGAUUUAUGCUCAGUGAUGUGGAUAUCCUUUAUUUAAUAUUCAAAAAUCUGAUUAGAAAUUUGUUAUACAAAACUGGAAUCAUCUACUUGAUGGCAAUGGGCAUAGUCACCAUAGGAAGCUACUGGGCAGGAAGCACAGAGAAGAAAAAACAAGACAAUAUAAAAAAUCAGGGCCAAACACAAGAUUUUGAUGAGAUAUCAAUUGAUACCAAUGUCUGCUUCACAUGUACCUGUAUGGUAAUGGGCACCUUCAUACUUCUUUCUCUCUACUGCUUCUAUGAUUAUAUGAUGCAUGCAAUGAUUGGCAUUUUCUGUAUUUAUGCAUCUUUUAGCCUAUACUGGUGUUUGACUCCAUUUGUGAACAAACUCCCAUUUGGGCAACAUUUAGUCCAUUUUCCAUAUUUUCAUAAAGAUCUAGAAAUCAGAGCACUGCUUCUAGCAAUGCUGUGUUUGUCUGUCAAUGCAACCUGGAUUAUUUUCCGAAAUGAAAACUGGUGGAGCUGGGUUUUGCAAGAUGUUUUAGGAAUUUCAAUUGGCAUUUACCUUCUGAGAACAGUUCACAUGCCUACCUUAAAGAAUUGCAGCUUGUUUCUGUUCACUCAUUUGUUUUAUGAUAUACUUUGCCUGUUAGCCACACCUUUUCUAACCAAAACAGGUAAAGACAUUACAGAUAUGACAAUAUUUGGGUCAUCUAACUCAGAAGAGAUCCCUUUUCUGUUGAAAGUACCAAUAUUAUCAUCAACAUCCUUUCUGGAUAAUGCUUCAUUUACUGCUAUAGGACUUGGAGAUGUUGUACUUCCUGGUUUCUUGGUAGCCUACUGCCACAGAUUUGAUGUUCAAGUUGAGUCUCCAGGGAUCUAUUUCCUAGCUUCUAUUCUGGCAUACAGCUAUGGUCUGUUGGUGACUUUUGUGGUAGCAACAUUCCUACAGGCAAGUCAGUCAACUCUUCUAUAUUUAGUGCCUUGUAUACUCAUCACUACAUUGACUGUUGCUGCUUUUCGCAAAGAAAUAGUACUGUUUUGGACAGGUAUUGAAUCUGAAAAUGAGAUUAUUCAACCUUCUUCACAAAAAGUCAUCAAGCAUUCAAUUACACUGAAAAAGUCAGAGGAACAGCUCCAUGGGCUAGAAGAGGAAAAAGAUAUUAUUACUGUCACAUUCCACCUAGAAGAGCUUAAUAGUGACAACAUAUUCACAAAGCAAUUAUCUGACCAAAAGAAACACACAGAGAAGAUGUAUUGCACAUUAAGCCACGCAGCACUUCUCAAUCAACAUCUGGUGUACCAAGAGCUGAUUGGAGAUGCUGAGCAGCAAUAUCUGGUUGGAAAAAACAACCUCUCAUCUAUUCAAAUUUGCAACAAUCUGGAUGAUUCAGAUUGAUCAAAUGCAAGUCCAUUAAACUUCCUUUGGGGCAAAAAUCA